UCACAAAUCCGAACUUCCAGCCAAUGGCCGUGCUGCGCUGAGGAGCUGCUGCUUUGCAUAGCGCCGCUAUAAAAGCGGCUCCCAGCGGCAUCUGCUUCAUUUCGUUCUCUGGAAGCGUUGUUGUUUAGCGUUUGUUCUGUGCUCCACUUUGAUAAUCAUGCCUGAGCCGGCCAAGUCUGCUCCCGCCCCCAAGAAGGGCUCCAAGAAGGCGGUCACCAAGACCCAGAAGAAGGGUGAUAAGAAAAGACGAAAGACUAGAAAAGAGAGCUACUCAAUCUACGUGUACAAGGUGCUGAAGCAGGUGCACCCCGACACGGGCAUCUCGUCCAAGGCCAUGGGCAUCAUGAACUCGUUCGUCAACGACAUCUUCGAGCGCAUCGCCGGCGAGGCGUCGCGCCUGGCGCACUACAACAAGCGCUCGACCAUCACGUCGCGGGAGAUCCAGACGGCCGUGCGGCUGCUGCUGCCCGGUGAGCUGGCCAAGCACGCGGUCUCGGAGGGCACCAAGGCGGUCACCAAGUACACCAGCUCCAAGUAGAGUGGUCCUGAACCUCACUGAAAACCCAAAGGCUCUUUUCAGAGCCACCCACACUUUCAGUAAAAGAGCUAAAAUACUAAGAA